AACAUCAACUUCUAUCCAUAUAUUAUUAAUGAACCAAACAAAUGUAAGGCCAUAAGUCCAUUCUUAGUCCUGAUAAUUGCAACAAAUGCAGUAGACAUUGAAAAACGAGACGCCAUAAGACAAUCAUGGGGAAAUGAGUCCCUGGGGGCUGGCAUUCCUAUUGUCCGUCUGUUCAUGCUGGGCAUUGAUAGCACGGUGAACCACAAUGUAAUUUUCCAGGAAAGUGAGAGAUAUCAUGAUAUCAUCCAGAAAAAUUUCCAGGAUACCUAUAAAAACUUGACUAUUAAAACCAUGAUGGGCAUUGAUUGGGUCUCCAUCUAUUGCGCAGGAGCAAAAUAUGUAAUGAAGACAGACAGCGAUAUGUUUGUCAACACUGAACAUCUCCUGGACUUCUUACAACCAAAUGAACCUGUAAAGCAAAACUAUUUUACUGGUUCUUUGCUUCAGAAUCAUCAGCCACACAGAAAUAAGAAUAGCAAAUGGCACAUGCCACAUUCCCUCUACCCUCAUGACAUCUACCCCAGCUUUUGCUCUGGAACAGGCUAUGUAUUUUCUGGGGAUGUUGCACCAAAGAUUUUAAGGGCCUCUUUUAAUGUGAAAUAUGUUUACCUUGAAGAUGUUUUUGUAGGAAUCUGUCUUGACAAAGAACACAUACAAAUAACUCCACCUCUGGAUAGAUUUCUGUUCAAUAAUUAUAGAGUUCAAUUUAAUCCUUGUGCCUAUAAUAGGCUUAUUACUUCUCAUGAAAUAAGUCCAAAGGAAGUUAUUGUUUUCUGGAGACUUGUACAAGAACAUAAAAAGAUUUGUAAAAAACAAUGGGUAAUUCAAUCCAGGUAA